UUUUGCAGCGUGGUGCCGGGGAUGCCACGGAAGUCCAUUUCCAAAUCCGAUCUCAACCUCACCAAGAUGCCCCAGAGCCGCGAACUCCAGAACAAGAAGAACACCCACAAGGACCGCCAGUCGCGCGGCCCCGUGGGCUCGGGAGCGGAGCCCAAGAAGCACGGUGCCGGUGGCCACAACUGGGGCAAUGCCCUCGACGACUACCACCACCCGACGACCGACGUUGUCGACCGCGCCGACCCCAACUACGACAGCAGCGACGAAGCACACUAAGGAGCGCCUUCAGCACACAUGCCCUAGCUUUCCGCCUGCUCGCCGACCCUCCGCCUAGCUUCCCAAUUCCCUUGUACCUCUAAAAUAUCUAAAAACACAACCAACUUUCACCAGCACGCAACUCCCGUUCCUAGUGAUCUAGCAUUCAGAAUGCCCAACAUGUGCACAAGUUGGCAAUCUGAGCUUAAAAUCCCGAUAAUGUUGACAACGACCUUGAAAUAUAGGAAACGCAUA